AUGCUGUCGCUAAGGCCAAUCGCAUCCAGAGCGGGCCCCAUCGUCACGCCGCUGCGAUGUUCAGGCCCAGCUUUCUCCAGCCGUGCCCUUCGCAGCUACUCAACCUCUCCUGACCAGCUCGCGACCCUGACACCGCUUUCGGACAUCGCUUCAUCCGAGCUCUCCUCGACCUCGCCCUACGACGAGCACAUCUCCGUGCUCACCCUCAAUCGUGCUCCUGCCAAGAACGCCAUCUCCCGUGCGCUCCUCUCUGAAAUGGACGAGCACAUUUCGUCCCUCUUCACCUCACGCACGGUUCGCACGCUGCUGCUCCACUCUUCGGUACCUGGCGCCUUCUGUGCGGGCGCGGACCUCAAGGAGCGCAAGGGGAUGUCAAAACUGGAAGUGGAUGCCUUCCUGCUCGGCCUUCGAAAGGUGUUCACGAAUGUCUCGCGGCUGCCGAUGCCGACGAUCGCGUGUUUGGACGGACUGGCCAUGGGGGGUGGGCUGGAGCUGGCGCUCACAUGCGACCUGCGCAUCGCCGGACCAGCAGCAACCAAGCUCGGACUCACAGAGACCAAGCUGGGGAUCAUCCCUGGAGCGGGCGGUACCAGCAGGAUGACCAGGCUUGUCGGACCCGCAAGAGCGAAGGAGUUGAUCUUCAGCGCCAAACUGGUCGACGCCGUCGAGGCGAGCAGGAUCGGAUUCGUCGAUAUCGUCGCCCAGGAAGGCGCGGGUACCGCUGCCUUUGAGAAGGGCGUACAGCUCGCAAGAUCGUUUGCGAAGAAUGGCCCACUCGCGAUCCGAGCGGCAAAGCUGGCCAUCGACAAGGGCGAGCAAAUGGAUCCUGAAACCGCAUUAGACUUUGAGAGACAGUGCUACGAGACGAUCCUCGGUACACAGGACCGGCUAGAGGGGCUCAAGGCGUUUGCAGAGAAGCGCGAGCCGGUGUACCGCGGCGAGUAG